AUGGCUUGCGCACUCGUCGCGUCAAGAAGAGUUUCAUCCGGUCAGGAUGUAAGGCUAUACGGAGGAGCUCGUGAUGGACGAGUGUUGAACCUCGGCCUACAGGGCAAGUAUGAGGCAGCCGAGAGAGAAUAUGAAAGGUGCCACGUCCGAUUCCCCAAACAGUCCCAUCCCAAUACAACAGUUUGUCUCAGUUCGGAAGAGAAGAAGCUAUACGACUUGAUCAUUGCCUAUCGCCAGAAACAGCAUUUAGAAUCGAUUCCCGUCUCUGCCAAACUCUCCCAGGUCGCUCAAACACACGUACGCGAUCUUUCCGAACAACAUACCUUCGAUCUCCAAGGCAAAUGCAAUCUCCACACCACCUGCAUGUGGACCAAGCCCCAGGAAAUUGCCGGCUAUAAAGGCAAUGGUUUUGAGAUCGCGUAUUUCAAUCCCGGUGGCGCCACGGCCCAGGGAGGACUUCAUGGUUGGAAAAUGAGUCCAGCUCACAACUCCGUUCUCAUCAACAGUGGGGUGUGGGGAAAAUCAAAAUGGAAGGCCAUUGGGGUUGGUAUCUACAAAGGUUACGGCGUCGCGUGGUUUGGCGAGGUGGACGAUGUGGCUCCCGAGCUCUGCCCUUAA